AUGGUAUAUAUCCUGAGUGGGCUACAUUUGUUAAGACCAUUCCAACGCCGCAAGGAGAAAAAAAUAAAACUAUUUGCUAAACAUCAAGAAUCGGCAAGAAAAGAUGUGGAACGGGCGUUUGGUGUGCUCCAAUCUCGAUUUGCAAUUAUUCGUGGCCCAGCACGUGUUUGGCAUAUGGAAACUCUCAAGCAUAUAAUUUAUGCAUGCAUCAUAUUACUUAACAUGAUUGUUGAAGACGAACGACAUACAUAUGGAGGUGAUUUUGAUUACUCUUAUGAUAAUGUGAACAAUGACGUCUCAGCAACUGAAACAUCUAACGGUCCUCAUCCUAAUCUUGCAACAAGACUACAAAGGAGAGCAAAUAUUCGUGAAAGACAAGUUCAUCGACAACUUCAAGCAGAUUUAAUGGAGCAUAUUUGGAAAUGCUUUGGACAUGAGCACAACGAAGUUUAA